AUGCGUGACACCUACAAUCCAAAGUCAUGUGAUGAUGGAAACAGUUGCACUGUUGACCGAUGUCUUCCAACCAAGGGAUGCCAACACACUCCAAUGGACUGCCAACACAACUGUCUUGACAAGUGCAAUCAAUCAGUAUGCAGGAAUGGCACUUGUGUGAUGGAGCGUGUUAACUGUGAUGACAACAACCCAGCCACCUGCGACUCCUGUGACAAGCUUCUUGGAUGCCGCCACACCUCCUGUGAUGAUGCCAACAUGUGUACUAAUGACCUGUGUAUCAACAACAUAAACGGUACAUGCACCCACCUUCCAAUCAGUUGUGAUGAUUCCAAACCAGCCACUUGUGACACCUGUGACAAGAAACUUGGAUGCCGCCACACCUCCUGUGAUGAUGCAAACAUGUGUACAAUUGACAUGUGUACCAACAACCUCAAUGGAACCUGCUCCCACACCCCAAUCAAUUGUGAUGACAACAACAAGUUCACAAUUGAUUCAUGUUCUCUAGAUACUGGUCUUUGUGUCUAUUACCCAAACGAGACCGCCAUCGAGAUUGACCGAAUGACUAACAAUGCUGACCCAACUCAAUCAUAUGCCAAUGGUCAAGGAUUGAGUGACGGAUUCAUCUCCCUACUACAAGGUUUUGAGGUCCAAGCUGUCAACUACAAUGGCGAGGUUCUCAACAAGUCUGGUCUGAACUUCACAAUCCUGAUCACUGAUGCCAGCUCUUCAAAUAUCACCCUCCCUGUUACCAUGACCUACCUCUCCAAUGGUACCUACUCAUUCACCUAUGUUCCACUCCAACUCGGAAACUUUGUCAUUCUUAUCACUUUGGAUGGUGUCCCAAUUAAGAACUCAACUUAUUCAAUCAACAUUGAGGGUGCAGAUAAAUCCACAUCUGCAGCCUAUGGACUUGAACAAAAUCAGAUGGUCACAACAUUCCAACAAACAAACUUCACCAUUGUCUGGAGGAAUAAGAUUGGAGCUGUUUUGGCAAUUGGUCAGGAUAACUUCAAUGAACAACUCCUCAAGACAUAA